AUCAAUCGGAGAAACCCGAAUGAACACGGGUUGAUCACUGUUUAAUCAAAAAGGAUUUUGCAGGAGUCUUCUUUUAAAUGCCCAUUAUUGGAAAUCCAAGAUGAGAUAUAUAAACGAUGGAAUAGCAGGCUUCGAUGACAGAUGAGGGAGAAAAAAAUGGAAAGGAUGGAAAAUAUGUCAAUAUACAACCUCGUCUUCUUGGUUGGUAUGAUUAUGAGCGUGUUGUUGACGAGAUGCAAAGGAUUCGAAUCAAAUGAAAGUUUCAUCCUUGGACCACCCUUACAUCGAACUCGAGAUGACCCUCCUGUCUUCGGGAUAAGAGCCCAUAAAACAGGCAUCGAUGACUUCGAUAAUACACUCCCAGGUAACGUCAAUGAUGAUGGAAUAGCAUCUGAAGUCCAGAGUCAACGUCGGUAUCGUAGAUCUACGGAUUUCUCGUCGGAAGAGAGCGCGUCACUCGUCGAUAAGCAUAAUGAAUUAAGAGGACAGGUAUCCCCAGAAGCUUCCAAUAUGGAGUUCAUGAUCUGGGAUGACGACCUGGCUAUCAUGGCUCAAGAGUGGUCAGAUACCUGCUACUUCGCCCACGGUCAACCCGAUAACAUCUCACCAUUCAGCACAUUGGGGCAGAACCUAUGGUUGGGGUCGGCGGGGAAGAACGCCCCCGACGGGACGGGGGCGGUCCAGGCCUGGUACAAUGAAGUUCAAUACUACGAUUACAGCACAACGGAAUGCAGCUAUGUUUGUGGUCAUUAUACCCAGGUAGUAUGGGCUUCCUCCUAUGCAGUUGGGUGCGGAAGGUCACUCUGUGAGUUUGCUACAUCAGAAAGCUCCAACUAUACAAAUGUCUACAUUAUCACAUGUAACUACGGACCUGCAGGUAACUACGUUGGAUCACAGCCUUAUGAUGAUGGUCCAAGCUGUACUCAAUGCGAUUCAGGAGUAGCACUCUGUUACAACAAUCUUUGCAAUGAAUGUUCUCUGGAAGAGCAAGGAUGUGAGUGUCGAGUCUCUUGUGAGAACUGCGCCACAAUAUCAGAUAACUGUACAUGUGAAUGCCGAGAUGGGUGGUACGGCACUGAUUGCUCGACUGAAUGUGCUGACACCCACCAGUACUGCUGGAAUAGCCCAGGCUGGCCAGGACCAGAAUACUGUGGCGUGCACAACGCAGUGCCCAAAAGAUGCCCAUACAUGUGUGGUCUAUGCAGUAAGUUCAUCUCGAUGAUUAUAUCUGAGUUCGUUGGUGUGUUAAAUUUCAGUUUUGCAAUGAAUACUAAUGGAAUUGAAUACUGUGAAUUAUUUAUUUGA